AUUCUCGUAGAGUAUUUCCCCCUUGUGAUAAUCUUUGUUGUCCUCCAGUUCGUAUAUAGGUGUUUAUUGCCAGUUAUUAUAGUCUAUAAUCUCUGCAUAGGGGUAAUGUUUUAUUACUGUUAGAGUUAAGUGGCCGCGAAAAUGGUGCCUCUUUAUACUAUCAUUAGUGCUUAUCUAGUGGUUUCUACUUUCUCAUUUCUAGUGAAAAAUACCACAGCAGAUAACAUAGUCUGUUACUACGUACCUGGCAAAAUCGGUCCAGAAGAUCUCGAUCCGUCUCUGUGCACGCAUGUCAACUACGCUUUCGUACAUCUGAACGAAGAUGGCAAUUUAGUCAUCAGAAGCCAGUACCUUGACAUAACGAAAGGUUUUUAUAAGAGAACAGUCGCUUUGAAGGAACGCAACCCGAUGCUGAAAGUUCUACUGAGUGUCGGCGAUACAGCAGCCACCGUUUUCUCAAAAGUCGCUGCCUCGAACGUGACCAGAAGAAGACUUGUCGAGAGCACCGUACAUUUUCUCGAAACCUACUCGUUCGACGGAUUGGACGUAGACUGGGAGAAACCAACACCCGAUGACGCUGAUAAUUUCGUGAAUGUGUUGAGAGAUCUCAGAAAAGCCUUUGACUCGCGAGGUUGGUUGUUGAGCGCAGCUGUCUACCCCAACCCAUCUGCUGGAUAUAAUGUUGUGGAAAUUUCAAAAUCCCUGCACAUGAUCAACCUGAUGUGCUACAACUUCUACGGUCCCUGGGGCACCACCACCGGCCAAAACUCCCCCCUGUUCGCCUCCCCUCUCGACACCCCCUACGAGAGGGCUAACCUCAACGUGGCCGCCGCCCUUUCGCAAUGGCUACGGGCGGGCGCACCCAAGGAUAAAGUCAACGUGGGCGUGCCGUUUUACGGGCGGUCUUUCGCUCUCGCUAGCUCAGAAGAACACGGCCUGCAUGCGCCGAUCAAGGGGGCCGGGUCGCCUUCUACUCCGUCGUAUUCAGAGAUAUGCACGGAAUUCAAAAAUUGGACAACCGUCUGGGAUAAAGACCAGAAAAAUCACUACAAAUACACUAGUACGCAAUGGUUGGGUUACGAUGAUGAGAAAUCGAUGAGAUAUAAGGCUCGGUAUGUUGCAUCUCAAGGUGUAGCUGGUAUGAUGAUUUGGCAGAUAUCAAUGGACGAUGUGGAAGGCAAAUGCACAAGAAAACAAAAUCUUCUCAAGGUCAUCAAUGAAGAACUUCGAAAAUCUAAUCAAUUCCCAUUUGAUAUUAAAGUAGUACACGUUUAACUACUUAGAAAGAACAUAAUAUGGUGUAUAUAAUUCUAAUGAUAGCUAGUAUACCUACAGGGUGGCCAUUUGAAAACGACACAGAGGCUCUGUAGGUGGCCAGAACCGGAUAAUUAAUAAACACUGGAACACGUAAACGUCGUCUACUACAUUUUCGAGGGAGACAUCGUUCUAAAUUUUUCAUCGAAAAGUAGCAACAACUUUUUUAUUUCAAAUGGAAUGCCCGCCUUCAUUUCACUGCAGAUUCUCCCUGAAGAACUGAUUUCAUCAAUGUAUCACACUUUUUUCUGUAUCGAAACUAUUCAUUAUUGGUCACAACGGCUUUCAUGUCCCCAUCUCAACUUUCGAUUAACUUUAUACUGACAUUUGAUUGGGACAGAUACAGGGUGAUCAGAAUUAGAAAAUCUUGAACCAUCACCCUUCAUUUGUUUCAAUUAUAUGUCAUUAGAUAGUAAAUAUUCAAAACUUAAGAUGGGGACAUAUUAGCCGUUUCGACCAAUAAUGAAUGACAACUUUUUUCAAUAUUGUAUUCCUAUUCCUUAAUAAUUUUUCAUUCGGAAAUAUUGUGGGGGGUUAUCACCACCCAACCACCUUAAAAAAAUCGGCGCUACUGUUAGAAGCAUAGAUGUUCAAUCACGAGAUAUUGUAUGGAAAAAGCAUAGACUCAUUAUUUACAUAAAAAAACGUGAGAAGUGUUUCAAAAAUUGAUUUAGGUUUCUAAUGACACAGUGGA